CCAAAAUGGAUCUGUUCGCCGCUGUUGUGUAGGAUCGCGUCAGAUCAACAACGCAAGCACGCAAAUUUGCGGACGGUAGUUUUCAACUGCGAUCAGCUCCCAGCAUAAAUUUCUUGCAAUGAUGUACUUGUAACAAGUACGCUGGAAUUAUGGGGAGGACCAAAGCGACGCCUUCAAGAAAUAUAGCAGCUUCAGCAGUUGAGAGUACCUCAAAAUCUGCACAACGUGGUCGUCCUAAAGGCAUAUCCAAACGAAACGAAACUAUCCAGGAAAUCAAGCCGUUAACAUCUUCUCCUGCACAUGCUCUCAAAUACACGAACGAAGAAUGUUUGAAAACAUACACUGAUCUUAAGUCUUUUGAGCAGUUUGAUGAAGCAUUUCCCGGUAAUCUGAAAGAAAAACUCAUACGAGGUGCGCUGAAGGCUAAUGGAGGAUCUCUACCUUGUUUUCUCUGCCAGAAAUUUCUCAACACUUCACUUGGUCUCGCAUUACAUAUCAGAAAAUGUCGUGGUUUGCCUGUUCUCAAUCAGGUUAAUCAGGAUAAACCACGCCCUAGUCCGAAAAAGCAACCACAGCCACUAAAUGUAGAGAUCUCAUCGUUAGAACAGUUAAAGGAGGAGCCUUCUUUAUGGCUUCAAUUGGAUGAUACCCUGAAACUUGGUCUCCUGAAACGGUUUUUCCCCAACGAAAGCAGAAUUGAAUGUUUUGCGAUACCGAAAGAGGGUCGAAAGUGCCCCAUUAUAACCAAAUACAGUGCCGCUUUCGAUCAUUUGAAUGCUUGUAUUCAACCGAUGUAUAUCACAUACAUCAGAAAAGCAUCAGAGUUUCGAAAGUUAGACAAGAAGCUCAAAGUCCGCUAUAUCCGUGAAGCUAUGAAUACACUGCUCGAGUUGCCUUGUCUCGAAUGUGGUCGGAUGUACGGACAUCAAUAUGGCCUCCUUUAUCAUGUAGAACGCUGCAACGUCCCUGAGGAGGAAAUGCCUUGGAAAUGUUACCGAUGCUCCUACCAAGCAACCCGUGCCGAUUCGUAUGAGCAUCUUAGACAUUGCUUUCCUGAUGAGCAGCCGUCAAAGGAUGACGCUGCACAUGUUAUCGGAGUAUUGGGAGAUGUGAACUUGAGAAGUGGAAAAUCUGUCCAGAAGGAAGGUGCUAGUGAACUGAUGACCAUCAAUGGAGAGACGAAGCCCCUCAGCGAGUUCAGCGCCAGAGAAGCUUUGGAAGCCAUGGUUGGGCCUGAAAAAGCAAUUUUGACAACGAAAAAGCGUCGGUCGAAAUAUGGUAGCAAGGCGAGUAUUUCUGCUGGAGUAAUACCUUCUGGCACUAAUCGGAUAUCAAUCACUGGUGACGGAAAAAUGCGAUUUAGGUUUCGAAAAGCGGGCGUUAAAGAUUGUGCUGCGGGGAUAUCAGAAUACCCAAGGUAUCUGGAUGCAGUGCAUAAAGCGCAUGAUCAGUGGCAAGAGGAGACGACUGCAUUGCCGCUGUGUUCUCGUCUUCGGGAAAUCGAGCAAUCUGUAUGGAAAAGAGCCUCAACAUCAGCUCAUCUACCAUUCAUAAGCAAGGUAUCAGUCGGUUUUCGGAUACGAGAAAAUGAGGAUAAGGGCACUCAUCAGGAUGUUCCCCACUCUUGCCAGCGGUUGUCAGCUCUAUGUUCAAUAGAACUCAAACGCGAAAUUCAGGACUAUGUUACAGUUGCUUAUUGUGGUGGACCGAUUUGUGCGAUAGGUGUUGCACCAAAUGCAAUGCAGAAUGAUGAAGAGGUAGUCGCUGUUGUUACGUAUCCAUGCGAAACAACGCUGGUUGGAAAAGACAUGAAAACAUCGCCGGGACUGAUUCAGUUCUGGUUACAUGGCAGCGAGAACAAGAGGUCCAAACUACGUCCAUGGUUUAUUCUGAAGUCUAAUUUCGGGUUAGUCUUGGACGCUCACUGGCUUGAUCGACCUAGAUCUUCUGAAACGGAGACUUUGAUAGGCUUCUUAGCUGUGGCGACUGCUCAAGGAGCGCUAUUGAUCUACAGAGUAGACACGACAAGUGUUUCCUCCACCUCUUCAGAUGCCAAGACGUUACCGGUAGUUGAACCUGAACCAGACCUCAUCCUUUAUCAACCAAGACCGUGGUUAAAUGGUGACAAAAGCACUGAGACAGCAGCACCGCCACUUACCUCAGUAGCUUGGUGUACUAAAGACGAAGCUCAAUAUGUGGUCGCUGUCAACGCUGCUGGAGGUGCUGUUAUAUGGGACAUGCAACGUUCACUAGAUACCCCGUACGUACUGCUAGACUCAAGUUGGAGCUCACCAGCAACUUGUGCUUCCUUCAUCGGUGGAUUCGAAGUAGCACUGUCUUUCCGUGAACGUUUGAUCCGUGUGUAUGAUGUACGAACCUACCAGUGCACUCUUGAGGAAAAUACUGUGCGAACCGCAGGCUCACGUGCCAUUGGUCAGCCACGUCUUUUUUCUGGAUUCUUCACUCUGCAAUCAGAAUAUUAUCCAACCGGCAGUGAAAGUGAAAUCCCUCGCAAUGGAGUCAGCUUUGUUUGUGCAGAGACGAAGUCAGAAGGGUUUUUUGUUGUACCACUUGCAAACAGACAUGAAUUCAUGACAUGGGAUGUCUGUGCAAGCCCUGUAAAUGCAGUUGUUGCUAGUUGUGGUUGUGACGGGAAGCUGCUUCUUUCCACAAAUGGACGCCUAGUCACUUCCUCUCAUAUUAUGGAUUACGGGUUCAGUCUGAUGAAGAGCGCUCUAACUCUCAUACGGAAGCGUAUCAGCACACCAGAAGAAGAGAGCAUGCAAGAGCUGUUUGCUAAAAUGGAAGCUUCUCAAGGAGCAGCCAGCGCACCAAAUAGCUCUGAAGACGAAAAGCGUCCUGCCGCACCUUCUUACAGUACAUAUGAGGAAUCGCUGCGAAGUCUUUGGCUAGAUAUUCAUCUCAAUCCAGAUUCGAAGGAUCUUCGGUCUCAACAACAAUUUUCAUCUCUAGAUCUACGGAUCGAAUCCUUGAAUCGUGUCGCAACAAAUUAUUCUUCGAGACCUUUUGUUUUCACGGGUGGACAAGCUGGCCUUAUGUUCGUUCGGCCGUGCGUCAUUGCCAGCGAGUCACCUCAGCUGAGCGAGUUAUUUUUGGUUCCACAAGAGCUGGAGGAGAAACCGUUGGCGAAGAUAAAGAGAAAGUCAUAGUAGUCCUCUCACAAAGUGAUCUCCAAAUUAUUGAACUCUACCAUUCAGUAACGCUUGUUAUAUUAUAUGAGAUUAAUAGUGAUGUAUCUGAAAAGCUAUGUGCCUUUUCAUUGAUGGUUUGACCCAGAUAAACCUCUAUUUGGUCA